CAAUUCUGCUUAGUUUUCUCUUUUGUCGUAAUCAGGUGGCAAAACGAAAACCCUCGGAUUCCUCUGCUUCCUUCUCGUCCGUCGUCACUUUCUCUACAUCAGAGAGAUUCCGGUGUCCUUCUUCCUUUCACUCGCGUUUAACCUCUUUGCCUUGACGUUGUCCCCGUGAGCUCUCUCUGCUUUGACUGCAACCAUGUCGACUAUUAUGCAGAAGAUCAAAGAAAUUGAAGAUGAGAUGGCUAAAACACAGAAGAAUAAAGCUACUUCUCAUCAUCUGGGUUUGUUAAAGGCCAAACUUGCUAAGCUACGGAGGGACCUUCUUGCACCGCCUACCAAAGGUGGCGGUGGUGGUGCUGGUGAAGGUUUUGAUGUGACUAAAAGUGGAGAUUCUAGAGUUGGACUUGUUGGCUUUCCUUCGGUUGGAAAAUCUACGCUAUUGAACAAGCUGACUGGGACAUUUUCUGAGGUUGCUUCUUAUGAGUUCACGACUUUGACAUGCAUUCCUGGUGUUAUUACAUAUCGUGGAGCUAAAAUCCAGUUAUUAGAUCUUCCUGGUAUUAUUGAGGGCGCUAAAGAUGGAAAAGGUAGAGGAAGACAGGUUAUAAGUACUGCUAGGACAUGUAACUGCAUCUUAAUAGUUCUUGAUGCCAUAAAACCAAUUACUCACAAGCGUCUCAUUGAGAAAGAGCUCGAAGGAUUCGGAAUAAGGUUGAACAAGGAGCCACCAAAUUUAACAUUUAGGAAAAAAGACAAAGGUGGUAUCAAUCUAACUUCUACAGUCACUGUCACACACCUUGACCUCGACACGGUCAAGGCGAUUUGCGGUGAGUACAGGAUUCACAACGCUGAUAUCACCCUGCGCUAUGAUGCAACCGCUGAUGACCUCAUUGAUGUCAUCGAGGGCAGUCGGAUAUAUAUGCCCUGUAUCUAUGCUGUCAACAAGAUCGAUUCAAUCACACUUGAGGAACUUGAAAUUUUGGACAAACUUCCUCAUUACUGUCCUGUCAGUGCGCAUCUGGAGUGGAAUCUUGAUGGUCUUCUGGACAAGAUAUGGGAAUACUUGGAUCUAACUCGAAUCUACACAAAACCGAAGGCAAUGAAUCCGGAUUAUGAUGAUCCCGUAAUCUUAUCUUCCAAGAAGAGAACAGUAGAGGACUUCUGCAUCCGGAUUCACAAAGACAUGCUUAAACAAUUCAAGUACGCUCUGGUUUGGGGUUCAAGUGCCAAACACAAGCCACAAAGAGUUGGAAAGGAACACGAGCUCGAGGAUGAGGAUGUUGUUCAGAUCGUUAAAAAGAUAUGAUUAUUCCAGAUAAUGGAGAGAGUAAAGAGACCAAUCAAAGUAGCCAUAAUGAGAUCUCUCUAUAAGGUUAGGAUUUCUUUUGGUUUCUCAGCUUAUCUUCUGUAUUGUAUUAUUAUAUCCAGACGAAAUCUGUCUGCACCCUUUUGUUUUUUUUUUGGUCUUAUUGGAGAUACUUUUGUCUUCUUCCAAUUAUAUCAUGUGAUUGAUGUUGUCGGAACCCCUCAUUAUUAUCUCGAAUAUGGGUUUUGCCUGGAUUUUCUCCUCCCUUGUUUUUAUGAAUGGAACUAGACUAUUUUUUU